GGCGGAUUUUAAACAAAAUAUCGUACAUCACUCACAUUGUUACACGUCUCUUCACGUGGAGCCUAAUGUUCGCAGGACGAUUUGAUACACCAUGGUCGGCCAGGGUUUUACAACUGGUCAUGCAAACAUUGAUCUCGUAAAGAAGUGUCGAACACUACUAGUGAGGUGCAAAUGAUACAGUAGUUCUUGAGCCGUUGAGACGAGGACACGUUGGAAAAAUUGAAAAUGUCGGAAAGAUCUCCGCGGUUGCGCGCACUGCGUCCGAGGCCUCAACAACAACAGCAGGCGAAGCCCGAGACGUCACCCAGGAGAGCAGAGGUUAAGAACAAAGAUGGCAAAGAUGAAGAAGAGGCUCCCGAGGAGACCUCGAGCCCCAGGAGACGACGUUCCAAGGAUCAAGGAUCCGAAACUAAUUCAGGGAGUGAACACAGUCCUGGAGAAAGUGUUCGAAAAUCUCUUAGUAAGAAAGAUGUCAAGGAUGUUGCUGAGCGAGAUUCCCAAGAGGAUGAUAAGCAGUACGAAUGCAAGAUGUGCAAACCUCCCAAAAAAUACGCAACCCUCAAGCUCUAUAUGCAGCAUCUUAAAAAUGAACAUGAUAAUAAGAAACCAAAGGAAAUUGUAGAAGCUGUAAACAAACCAUCCUUAAAAUGUCCUAUGUGUUCUCACAUGGCAUCUUCACAACAAAGCCUUGAAGCUCAUCACAAGGCGAAUCAUCUAAAAAGGAAAUUCUUCCGUUGUGUAAAAUGUAAUUAUGUGACCCACGUUCGAGCUCGUUACACAAAACACGUUAAAUAUCAUUCAAUGCCGAUGAUCAAAUGUGACACUUGCGACUUUCGGACUCCCUACAAGUGGAAUUUAGAUAGACAUACUCGAAAUCAUGGAGGAGGUGGGGCUUUUCAGUGUCAAGUUUGCAACUUCACAGCUGAUAUUCGACAAAGUUUGACAGUCCACGAGACAAAUCAUCACGAACCUCCAGUUGGAACUGGCGCUCGCAAGAUGAGUCCUUUCGAAAGGAGAGCACGGAAUACUCCUAAACGUUACAACCAGGUUGGUGCGAGCGAUUUUCGAGAAAUGAAAGCAAAGACAAACGAGAACGUGACUCCCUCAAAUUCUAUUUUGCCUCCAUCUUCACUUUCCAUCGAAAGUGUAACAGCAGAAAGUGAAACAAACGAUAAAUCCGGGGCGGAUUGCAUAGCUCUUAAAUGCGAAGAGAAAGGCUGCCAGUUUAUUACAGCAUGGGAUUCAGAAAUGCAAAGACAUGUAUCUGAAGUACACGGACCCGAAGAUUUGACGAACAAACCAAAGAAGAAGCCUUUGCCGAUGUUAAUUCCUCUGAGUCCUGUCAACAACACAUUAACGAACAAUUCUUCCCCUGUUGGUUCACCAACAACUCUUCUAAAAGUUCCUAGGGUGCGGCUUAGGCCAGAACUUGCUCAAAUUGCUAGGGAUAAUGAACUAGCGAAGCUUCAAGCUAGCAAGGUUGCCGAAGUGAAAAGAGACUUAGAAACCAACAACUCGCUAACAUUUCGUCCUGUAGAUGCUUUUGAGAGGAAGAACGCCUCCUUUUUCGACAAACUAAAAGAAAGACUUUCGACAACAGCGAGUAAUGUUGUUCCUGAAAUUGCUUUGACGACCAUAAACGAUCUUAAAUGCUGGUGCACUUUUGAAGCUGCGACUUCUGAGGAAUUAAGUCAACACAAACAGACCCAUCACACCGCCCUGAGUGUCUCCCUGGGAAUUUCUCGUUGUCCAAAAUGCAGAAGAAGAUGCAAAAGCUCCAGCGAUCUUCAAGUUCACAUGCGACUUUGUCGCUCUGCAGAAAACAGCCCGAAGAGUUCCAACGAGAAUGCGGAAAAUGCUGAGAACAAUUCAGAAAAUCGAGCUGGCUCGUUUCGCGGUGAAUAUACUUUCCCUGCUCAAUCGGACUGGGAUUCGAGUUGCGGGGACGCCAAUUCUUUCGGAAACUCGGUCGAGAAUGUUUCUGCAAAUUCAAGCCGGCGCAGAGUAUUCAAAUGUCCUCAUUGCCCAUUCUGGGCUUCUACAGCAAGCCGGUUUCAUGUGCACAUUGUUGGUCAUUUAAACCGGAAACCGUUUGAGUGUUCUCUGUGCGCCUACAGAUCAAACUGGCGCUGGGAUAUCACAAAGCAUAUCAAACUUAAAUCAGCAAGAGAUCUAGCACACACGAGUGCUCGGGUUCUUAUGACUGAUGAAACCGGUCGACGUAAUUACUCCAAGUACAACAAGUAUCUCACGCAGAUAGAAGGACGAAUCUUAGCAGAGCAGGGAGCCGAAGAACGAAACGUGGAAGAGUCUGAUGAACCUCCAAAGAAACUUCGAGUUUCAAAUGCAAAGAAUUAUCUUCAACCGCCGGAACUGACACCAGCGCCGGUUGCGACGUUAAACUCUGAAACCACAAACGAAGGACCUUCAAACGUUCCCCUGAGACCUCCACCUCCACUGAAAGCUGCGAAUCGAAUUCAGGGUCUCUCUUUAUUGAGGAAAAAUUCUGACUCUCCGAAUAAUACAUCUUGUUCUAUUAGUCCCGUACCUUCUCCUUCACCAUCUUCAGGAAUGGAGGAUUCAAAAAAAACUUUGUGGAAGUGCAAGCGCUGUAACUUUAGGGACUCUAGCAAAGAAGUUGUUCUUCAGCACGUGAAGAGCCAUUAUGACAAUUCGGAAUCCACUGGUGAUGAGAAGAAUCCAUUUGGGUGUGGAGAUUGUCCAUUCGCAGCUCCAGAUUCUGCAACUUUAGCUAUGCAUCGAGUGCAUCAUCGUCCGAAUUUUGAAGCCAUUUUCAAAUGCUACCUUUGUCCCUACUACGUUACCACAAAAGCAGAACUUUUAGAACAUUCCAGACUUCAUGGAGAGGAAUUAGCAGCCGUUCAUCAAAGAAAUGUGGAGUCUGAAAUAUUUCCAGUUACCGCGAGAAAGCAGAUGAACCAACAUGCAGAAAAUGCAAGCAGAAGCUCGAAAGACGAAAUAACGCGAGAGCGGAACGUGAUGUCGCCUUCAACCUCAACCGAAUCUGUAGCAAGUCUCUACAAAAAUUCCGAAGUGCCUUCUUUUCUCCUCGACACACGAGAACUUCCAGAUGCUCCACUGGUUUGGGUUUCCCGACCCGACGGAACGAUUGCAAAAAUGUUGAAGUGUCGACACUGUCCCUACGUUUCACAAAGACGAGCCGAAGUUCACGAUCAUGAGACAAUGCACGCAAAUGCUUCACUACCAGGUCACCAUAUCGAAUGUCCACAAUGCAGUUUUGCUUGUAUCAGAAGAGAUAUCAUGGAAAGCCAUUCGGAUAUGCACAAAGGUUCACUAGGUACUGUCCAUUGUCUCGUGGACGAUACGCGGCCAGAUUCUCAACAACUUAGUGACCUGGCGACACUCCUCGGACUUUCGAAACCACCUUCAAUGGGUGCUGAACCUGACUUGCAAGAUUCCAGACUCGUGCAUUGCUGCAGCAAGUGUCCGGCUCGAUUUUUGUGUGAAAAGGAAUUGAGAAUACAUUUUCGAUAUCAUUCUACGGAGUUGGCUUACACUUGUCAGUGGUGCUCGUAUGCGGCGAGACAGCCGGCACAUUUAAUGGCUCAUCAGAAGGCUCACUCGCCGGAAUAUCAGGAAAGAACUCGGUAUUUGUUGUCGAUUUAUGGACACUCGCAAAGGCAUCCGCCGCCGACGACUGCAUGUAUAGAAGCUGGGGGUCAGAAUUCUGGAGAUGGAAAUUCUUUGCGUGUUGCUUGGAUUGUUGUAGAAGUUGCUGCUACUACCGAGCAGCAGUUUGCAAAUAAUUUGGCGAACAAUGGACCUCGAAAUGGCAAUCAGGUCUUUACCUGUGCGAAAUGUCCUGCUCGGUACUUUAAGCUGGAUGCCCUGGAAUACCACAUGACUCUACACGGUUCCAACAACAGAUUUAAAUGCAUCGAGUGUGAUUAUUCUUCAAAAACAGCCCAAAAUCUCGUUAAACACCAAGUGGUUCAUCGCCGACACGCCGAGACAGCAAAUCCAGUCUCUGUACCUCGAGUUCCUCCUCCAGAUCCUCAAUUCGGAAUUUUCAUGCGAGGAAAUCCUAACUUUGUCUACCCGGGUUACCUACGAAACGGUCGGCUUAAGGAAAAGCGAUAUAAAUGCCACAAGUGCCCUUCAGCUUUUGAAAAACGCGAACAAUACCGCGUUCAUUUGACCCUUCAUGGAGCCAAACAGCGUUACUGUUGCGACACUUGCGACUAUUCUGUUAAAUACUACGCCAAUUACGCCCAGCAUAUAAAAAAGCACGAAGCCAAUGCUCUUGCUCAAGCUUCUCAUCGUCAAUGCGAAGUCGAAACCAUUCCAUUAGAAAACGAAACCGACGAAGGUAUCUUUCGAGGUCGUCGUGGAAAGUCCUUGAAAAAAUCGAGUCUUUCGAAUUCCAUCAAUAAUACUCAGAAUCUUCCUCAUCAAACCUCGAACCAGGAUAAGCAAUCGGUGAUGAUGAUGCAGAGAAAGGGAAUUAUUCAGGCGGAAACUGAACCGAAACAAGAAUUAAGAUGCAUGUCUUGUCCAUUUUCUUCGAGUGAUAAGGAAGUCAUGGACUCGCAUAAGAGACGCCAUGGUAUCGACAGAUUGACACCUUCUUGUCCUCACUGUGAUUAUGUCCCGAGGAAAGAAGAGAAUAUCGGAGACCAUAUUAGGUUACAUUUCACGAGAAUUUUCAAGCCUGAUUCCUACGUUAUUGUGGACUUUUUGUCUCUAUCCGUGAAGAAAAUAUUUGAAGAUGGAAAAGAAGAAGAGCCGGAGAUUCUGUUCAAAGAAUGUGAGGAUGGAAAAUAUCUUCCGGAUUUGGGUACUUUUCCUGUGUCUUUGAAUAAUAGUACGAAUGGAAUUCAGGAGAGAGUUAUUGUCGAUCCGCUUACAGGAGAGACGAAAUUCAUGUGACUGUGUAAAAACCAAAAGUGAAUUUAAGUUAAUGCGUAAAUGUGUUUUUUAGUCACGAGUUAGAAUUUGAAUUUUGAUGUUAUUAGCUUGUAAAGCACAAUUUUUAUAUCCUAGAUUUUGUGAAUGAUUGGAUAAUGAUUGUGUAUCUUUUUUACGUUUGAAGAUUCUAGCUAGGAUUGGCGUUGAACUGAACGAAGUCCUUUAAUGUUGUUUUGAAAAGAUUGUUAAGGAAAUUGAAUUUGAGACUCUGUAAAAUAAUUAUGCGUUUUAUUGCUACGCUUCGUUCGAUGUAGAAAGAAAAUAAGUUUGAUCUAUUUUAGCAUAUGAAAAAUACGAGUAAAAGUAAUACAAUCGCUUUCGUUGCAAUUCGUAAAAACGAGUUUUCAAUGAAGAAAAAAGAUUCGAAUAAAAUAUUUAAGAUGUACACAUGUGUGUAAAUAUAUUAUGUAUAAACAGAUUAUGUAUAUUCGUACUCUGGAAACAAUAUUUAAACAUGAAAAAUGAUCUGUGCACGAUAGACAGCAUUUAGGAGAUUCAAGAUCAGAAAUGUUGAAACGCGAAGUUGUUGUGUAUAAAUAAAAACUAAAAAU